CUUCCGUUCGCCAUGUCAUUUCCUGUGCUAAUAAGAUGGUGGUCACGGCCGGGAGGGAGGGAGCCGCCGCAGCUGCCGCCUCCUCCUCUUCCACCCAGCCCGGCUCGGCCCCGGGACUCGUCCUCGCCCGGCACUAACGAGCCAGGCCGGGCUGGCCGGGCCAGCGAUCACGAAGGAGGGGGGCGACAGCGGCGGCGAGUGCCGCGGGGAAACCUGGGCUGCCCCCAGACGAGGAGCCAGGGCCCCGCAGCGCCGAGAUCAUGAGUGAAAAACUGAAUGAUUGCUUGAUCCAGAACCAAACUUCCUUGGCGGAGAUGGUUACUAUCAAGACGGAGCCCUGCUCACCAUGCCAAGAAGAAGAAUAUGGACAGCUUUGCUCAGGGAAGGUUGAUUCCCAGUCUGUGGACAUGGAGCCUAAGAAAAUGAAAGGAAAGCAGGAUUUGAUGAUGUCCAAGAGCUUUCAGCAGGUGGAUUUCUGGUUCUGUGAGUCCUGCCAGGAGUAUUUUGUAGAUGAAUGUCCAAAUCAUGGUCCACCCGUGUUUGUGUCAGAUGCUCCAGUACCCAUUGGAAUCCCUGACCGAGCUGCUAUGACUGUUCCUCCUGGCAUGGAGGUGGUGAAAGAACCUAGUGGGGAGCGGGAUGUGCGCUGUGUGAAUGAGGUUAUCCCUAAAGGUCGCAUCUUUGGCCCAUACGAAGGAAAACUCUCUAGUCAAGACAAGUCAGCAGGAUUCUUCUCUUGGCUGAUUGUUGACAAGAACAAUCGCUAUAAAUCCAUAGAUGGGACAGAUGAAACUACAUCAAACUGGAUGAGGUAUGUGCCCAUAUCUCGAGAGGAGAGAGAACAGAACCUUAUGGCAUUCCAGCACAGUGAGAGGAUCUACUUCCGAACGUGUCGGGACAUCCGGCCAGGAGAGAGGCUAAGGGUCUGGUACAGUGAGGAUUACAUGAAGAGGUUGCACAGCAUGUCUCAGGAGACAAUCAACAGAAACCUCACAAGAGGAGAUAAAAAAUUGCUAAGAGAAAGAUCAGACAGAAAUAUUGAAAAUCAAGAGGAUAUGAGCUAUCCCCUUGAGCUCACCAUAUCAAAGCAAGGGAAGAGCUCUUACAAACGCAGCUUUGAAGAAGGAGUACCUCCUCCACAAACAAAGAAAAAGAAAAUAGAUCUCAUCUUCAAAGAUGUCCUAGAGGCUUCCUUGGAAUCAGCAAAGCCAGAAGAGUACAAGUUUACAAAAAAUUCCACUCCUUCCACUAGGAAGUCCUCCAGAUUCCAAGCUCAAACUGUCUCAGACAGUAGUAAAUCUGGUAUUCAACACAGCUCUCCCAAUCUCAGAAGCAAAAAUGGGGAUGAAUGGAAGGUUCCCCAGGGAUCCUCUUUCACUGUGUCCAAAGAAACUGGCCUGCAGGAAGAUGAAGGUGAAGAACCAUUGUCAUUUAAAGUGAAUAGCUCUAAUGAUUUUUCUCUGACAUCAGCUCAAGAAGAAACUCUUGAUAUCCCAACAACUUCAUUGUGUCCCAAUUGCAUUCGAUUGAAGAAGAAGAUUCGUGAAUUGCAGGCUGAACUAAAUAUGCUAAGAUCUGGCAAGUUAGUUGAUCCACCUCUACUACCUCCUCAGGUACCUGAGUACCAAGCAUUCUCAUAUCCCACAGCUUCAGAAAGCAUCAUGUCUGUUCCCACUAUCAUGGAGGAUGAUGACCAGGAAGUAGAUUCUGCAGAUGAAUCAGUCUCAAAUGACCUGAUAACAGCUACCGAUGAGCCCUCCAAGAUGUCUGCUGUCACUAGGAGGAUUCGCCGCUUCAAACAAGAAUGGCUAAAGAAGUUUUGGUUUCUGCGGUACUCCCCUACACUGAAUGAAAUGUGGUGCCAUGUCUGCCGGCAGUACACAGUGCAAUCUUCUAGGACUUCAGCCUUCAUCAUUGGCUCUAAGCAGUUUAAGAUACAUACCAUAAAACUUCACAGCCAGAGCAACCUCCACAAAAAGUGCCUGCAGCUCUACAGGCUCAGGAUGCACCCAGAGAAGACGGAAGAGAUGUGCCGAAAUAUGACUUUGCUUUUCAACACAGCCUACCAUUUAGCUAUGGAAGGGCGGCCCUAUUGUGAUUUUAGACCUCUUGCAGAACUACUAAGGAAAUGUGAACUCAAAGUAGUGGAUCAGUACAUGAAUGAGGGAGACUGUCAAAUCUUAAUACAUCACAUUGCUCGAGCUCUUAGGGAAGAUUUGGUGGAGCGGAUCAGGCAGUCUCCCUUUCUCAGUAUCAUUCUGGAUGGGCAGAGUGAUGACUUACUGACUGACACAGUUGCAGUUUAUGUACAGUAUAUCAGCAGUGAUGGGCCCCCAGCCACCGAGUUUCUCUCUCUCCAAGAGCUAGGCUUUUCUACAGUGGAUAGUUACAUCCAGGCACUGGACAGGGCUUUCUCCUCCCUGGGAAUAAGGUUGCAGGAUGAAAAGCCAUCUGUUGGUCUGGGAGUAGAUGGUGCUAACAUUACUGCUAGCCUUAGAGCCAACAUGUACAUGACAAUCAGAAAGACUCUGCCUUGGUUGCUCUGCCUGCCCCUUAUGGUACACAAACCACACCUGGAAAUAUUGGAUGCAAUCAGUGGAAAAGAACUUCCUUGCCUGGAGGAACUAGAGAACAACUUGAAACAGUUGCUCAGCUUUUAUCGCUAUUCUCCAAGGCUGAUGUGUGAGCUGCGGACCACUGCUGCUACUCUCUGUGAAGAGACUGAGUUCCUGGGAGACAUAAGAGCAGUCAAGUGGAUAAUUGGGGAACAAAAUGUCCUCAAUGCACUGAUAAAAGAUUACCUGGAAGUGGUGGCCCAUCUCAAAGAUGUCAGUGGCCAAACCCAAAGGGCAGAUGCAUCUGCCAUUGCCUUGGCUCUCCUGCAGUUUCUUAUGGACUACCAGUCAAUUAAGCUGAUAUAUUUUUUGCUGGAUGUAAUUGCUGUGCUUUCACGCCUUGCCUUCGUCUUCCAAGGUGAAUACCUCCUUGUCUCUCAAGUGGAUGACAAAAUAGAGGAGGCCAUCCAAGAGAUCAGCAGGCUGGCAGAUUCUCCUGGUGAAUAUCUACAGGAAUUUGAGGAAAACUUCCGUGAAAGCUUUAAUGGUGUUGCUGUGAAAAACCUACGGGUGGCUGAAGCCAAAUUCCAGUCAAUUCGAGAAAAAAUAUGCCAGAAGACACAGGUGAUUCUAGCGCAACGGUUCGAGCCCCGUAGCCGGGCAUUUGUGAAAGCAUGCCAGGUAUUUGACCUUGCUGUUUGGCCAAGGAGUGCUGAGGAACUCAUGAGCUAUGGCAGGGAGGAUAUGGUGCACAUAUUUGAACAUCUGGAAUCAGUUCCAACUUUUUCCACAGAAAUCAGCAGAGAGGGAAUGGACACCAGAGGGAGUUUGCUGACAGAGUGGAGAGAACUCAAGGUGGAUUAUUAUACCAAAAAUGGUUUUAAAGAUUUAAUCAGUCACAUUUGUAAAUAUAGACAGAGAUUUCCACUUUUAAAUAAAAUAAUCCAGAUCCUCAAAGUCCUUCCCACCUCCACAGCCUGUUGUGAAAAGGGCCGCAGCGCCCUUCAAAAAGUACGCAAAAAUAAUCGUUCCCGGCUCACUCUGGAGCAGCUCAGUGAUCUUCUGACAAUUGCUGUUAAUGGACCACCUAUUGCCAACUUUGAGGGCAAGAGAGCACUAGACAGUUGGUUUGAGGAGAAAUCAAGCAAUAGUUAUGCACUGUCUGCAGAAAUGUUGAGCAGGAUGUCCUCCUUGGAUCAGAAACCAGUGCUGCAAAGCAUGGACCAUGGAUCAGAAUUUUACCCUGAUAUUUAGCAAGGAAUGCCUCUUGUUUAGAAAGCUGUUGAAUCUUUUUUUUUAAUCGAUACUCUAAGCUUUGAUAUAUUAUAUGAAAAAUAUAUUAUAUAUAUAUAUAUAUAAAUAUAUGUAUGUACGUAAACCCCACACUGAAAUUUUAAACUUAUCUGAUGGAAGCUACAAGGAAUUUUUAAGAAUGAGACACUUAACAUUUACUGACAUCUUCAACUGUGGCAGCUGCAGUAUAGGUGGCAACAUUUCAUUCUUUAGAAACAUGCGCUGGGGCCAUAGUCUACUUUUUUUUUUUCAAAUCAAGUCAUAAGCUAGACGUGGUGGGCCGAUGUCAUCAUACUUCUCACUAUACUUUUGUGUGUGUGUGUGUGUGUAUUUUAUUUCUGCCAUUUCCCCUUUGUUAGUCAGCUAAUGAGCCAUUUCAGUCCUUUACUAAUGAUCAGCUGGACCCUAUGGGUAUAUCUGGGGAGUUCUUGCCUAAUUUCAUCUAGGCUGUAAUCGAUUCCUACAUCUCUUUUAAGAAUUCAGUUAGCUAUUUGUUUCUGAUCCACCCGUGGGCAUUUUGAAUGGGAAAAAAAAUCAUUUUGCCACUUCUGUGAAAAUUCUACUAACAAUUCAUAUAUCUUACAAUAUGGUAUAGCAUGUGCAAACAAAAAUAGCAGAAAGUGGGCUUUUGUGAUUGUUUUUGCAUUUAUAUUUUUUAUAUUGUAGGGAAUAAGCAAAAAAAAAAUAACGAUUCUUGACUGAAAACCCAGGCUGCUGUGGAUGCUAGAUGGCCAACGAGUCAAUUCCCAUGGUAGGGUGGAGACUCCAGGGCUUAAAGUAUAUGUAUACUAAUUUUGUGUUAUUUAUACUAAGUCUUUAUAAUCAUAAAUGGGGUUGUGUCUUCUGUUUCUUUGGGUUUUUAAUAAGUGUAAGAAAUGCCUGCUCUAAUUCUAUUGCAGGAGAUAUCAAUGCAAGACCCAUCUUCAGUUGUUAUUACAGGACUGUUGUCCUUUAAAGGCUCACAUAUCCUCAAGUUCCAUGUUCUAUCAUAGGUCAAAAGAAAAAUGGAACAUUGUACUAAUGCCUGUGAACUGUUUCUUUUGAAGAGUGUGCAGUCUGAUAGAAGAUUGGAAAUGGAACUUGUAACUGAAACAGUAAUAUUUCAGUUGUUUUUUUUAUCCCAGUGGUUCAGGUUAAAUAAAUAAACCAAAACAAGCCCAAACUCUUCACUCAUCCUUUUGCCAUGUUUUUCUAAGAUGGCUCAAGACAGCUUUGUGAUAAUACUGGAUGAUCACAGGAAUAAAAGGAAAUCCUGUCGUCCUUCCUCUGCCACCACCCCAAAAACCCUACAAGAGUGGCAUGUUUCCUGGAGGGACAAAUCUCAUGCCAGUCUUCAUCAGUUUAGAAAUACAGUUAUGGUGUCAGUUACACUGAACCUUUCUUCAUUCUUCCUCCCCCUCCCUCAGUUUUCUCUGGCUCCUUCCCCAUUGGUCAUGGUGCUAAAGUAUCUUUGGAACCGUUACUGCUAGAUGAUAGCUUUUCAUUUGUAUAAAUAAGUUUAAUCAGUAUGUUUUCACUGGUAAUGUAGCAUUUUGUUAAGACAAUUUCUUUUCAGGUAUAUCUGCACUGCGUCCCGUGUGUGUGUGUGUGUGUGUGUGUGUGUGUGUGUGUGUGUGUGUGUGUCACUACAAAUUUUGCAUAUUUUUCCAUACAGCCUUAUUUUUAGGACAUUGGGUGUUUUUUUUCUGACAAUAACUCAUGGUAAAUUUUAAAAGUGUGUGGAGAUAAAUGUCUGUGGCUUGCAUUAUCUAUGGGAUUGUGAAGGGGCUAGAAUGAUUAAAAUAGGAAACAACAAGCACAUAUUCCCCUCACUACCUAUAGACAAAUGAAAAAAAUAGCCGGAAAAGUAGCAACUUGUCCAUAGCAAAUGCACAAAAUUAGCAUGAAAACGUUGUUAGUUUUUUUUAAAAAAAACUUAAGGUAAAGUAAAAGGAAGACAUGGCAAAACUGGGAGAAGACAAAAUUUUGUCCAAAUUUAUUGGAAGAAACUUAGUAUCUCUUUAAUGUGGUACUAAUUUUCAUGUGGCAAACAAAAACCGGAAGAGAACAACUGGUUUGGAACAAGAAAAAGGAUGGGAUGCAGAUUGUACCAGUUCCCUAUCUCAAAAAGAACUGGUACAGAUAUACCUUUUAGUCACUUCCACUGCCAAUGUUCAUGCACUGCCUUCUCACACUAAUCCUCUUUGACUGAAAAAGAAGCACAAAAAUAUGUCAGAAGUUUAUGAUUUGUCUUCUCUCCUGUAGUUUCUCUGACUUAUCCUCAUAAGUAACAUUUAUUUACUGGACUUUAAAAAAAUCAUUUUCUCUAUACGUAUCUUCUGUGAGACUGAAGAGAGAUUGUGUGACAGCGUAUGUGAGUAAAAAGGAGAAAAAGGGAAAUAUAAAAUGAAGAGUGAGAUGUUUUAGGCAACAUUAAAGCCAAAUAGUUUUUGAUUGUAUUUUUUCACCAUCUUUAGAGCAGCAUUAGUAUUAACACCUCUACAGUUACUAAUGUAGAAUAGUUUACAGGACAGUAUACCACAGCACUUUUUUCCUAAGCAUAGCAACAGCACUGAGAUUCAAAAGGGUUUUAUAUGUUCAAUGUCAACUGUAUGCUAUAGGCAAUAAGAGAUAAAACUGCAAAUAGCAGUUUACACAACUAUCCUUGUGUUUUACCAUAGUGAAACUAAUUUCAGAAUAGCUAUUAUCACGCACUAGCAGUUAUCAAAGCAAAAUGGCUGUUUUCAAAGCAAAAGGUUUACUGCUCAUUCAUGAAAAUCAGUCACUACUAGAAUUCUCUUAUUUCAAGUGGUUUUGAGACAAAUCCACAGUACCUUUGAAUAAUCUAUGACCCAAUAAUCUAUAACUCCAUGCAGUUUUCUUAAAAGAACACUUUCACAGGUUGAUUUUUGAAAGAUUUUCAGAUAGUUACAGAGCUUCUGGAUCAAGAUAAUAAUGUGCCAAUCUCCAGGUAGUGGUUGGAGAUCUCCCGCAAUUACAGUUGAUCUCCAGAUGACAGAAAUCAGAUAACCUGGAGAAAAUAGCUGCUUUGGAAGAUGGAUUCUGGCAUUAUACCUCAUUGAAGUCCCUCCCCAAACUCCACCCUUUUCAGGCUCCAUCUUUAAAGGCUCUGGGGAUUUCCCAACCUGAAGCUGGCAACCCUAAGUGGAUUGUGGAUAAGUUCCAAAGCACAAAGAUUAUAUUGAGGCUCUAACCCACAAGCCUCAAUAUAAACCGCACAGUGCGUUUAUUGUGCUCAUGUGAUUUCUAAACAUCCACUUAUCACUAUACCCAACAGGCUACCACUAUUUACUUAUGCCUAAUUCUAAUACAUAACAAAUACUUAUUACCAAACAUAGAACUCUUACUCAUAACAUACAAUUUGGACAUAUAAUUAAAUACACAGACAUACAAGAAACCAUUAAGAAUGUAGAGGUUGGGGCGUGUUAGUCUUUAACUCAUCAGUUUAUGUAGUCCAAUUAGUUUCCUCUUCUUGGACCAUGAAACCAAAACAACUCAGUUGUCCAUAACAAAAUUCUCUCUUCUCUCCGUCUGAGCGUCUAAAACGGGAUCCGUGGUAUCAUUCCAUGUUUUCCCAAAAGCAAUCUUCAGUAGAAGCUAAUCAUAAGGUCAUUUGAUAAGGGUAUAAUAAGCUAUUAAGCUGCUUGUCCCUCUUGACUUGAAUCCGAGUAAAUAAGUAAAUAGUGGUAGUCCAUUAGGUAUAGUGAUAAGUAGACAUUUAGAAAUCACACUAGCACAAUAAAAGCACUGUGCACUUUAUAUUGAGGCUUGUGUAUUAGCAGGAUAUAUCUUUGUGCUUUGGAAACCUAAGUGGAUUUCCAAGAAAAGCAUGAAGGGGAUUGCUUCUGUUGUGGCAACAAAAAUUUCCACUGGGUCCCACCCAACGUAUGAGUUUUUCUAUAGAAACGUUACAGCAAAGAUAAUUUCACUAGGAGAGUCCAAAUGGUUCAUAAACCCACACAGGAUUUUAUAUACUAUGAAUGGCACUGGAAGUCAUCUUUCCCCCACCCAAAAUAUCAACAAAUUACCUAAGGCUCAGUAGCUUCUUUUUGACUUUGCAUUGCAUUCUUCAUUAUUAAUCUGAACGAGGAAGAUCUUCCUAAAACACAAGCUGUCAACAGCCUCUGCCAGGAAUGUAAGAUGCUAUGCAUUUAAUGUUCCUAAGAUCAUCUGGACUAUUCCCCCUAUAUAGUUAUUUCUCACUGUUAAUUAGCAAGUGAAGUUGGAACAUCCAUUUCUGUGCUCUGAUUUAUGCCUAAACAUUAAUGGAUUGCAGAAGAAGCAAUAUUAAACCACUUGUAAGAUCUGCAGGGAAACCUAUAUAUGAAUGGAAAAUGAAAAGAAAGACUUUCAUUCAAUGUCAAAAGUUAAAAAGUACCUGACUUAACCCUCCAUGAAAGCUUGUUUUCCAGUGUUUAAGAUUUUCAGAGAAAUCUAGUCAUGUGUGUAAAAAAAUCACAGCCAAUUUUUUUAAAAAAUAGGGCAGAAUCCAACCAAAAUUAAACACAUUUUAGUGCCUUUGUUUUCAGUUUGAAAGGUAAACAUGCAUGCCACUUGUAAUUCACUCCUAUUAAAAUAAUGGGAUGUUAAAGUGCUUAAUUUCGGCUAAGUUUCAAGUUUUCCAGCACUGGGAACUUUUCAAAAUGUUUUCAGCUUGUCUAUGAAUAUUUAAGCCUGCUUGUUCAAACCCAGACUGAAGUACUUUAUGAAUCAGCUUACAGUCUUACCUCUGCUUUCACAGAAACUGCUUUCUGUUAGCAAUAUGACUAUUUUCCACAGCUGGGCUCCAGAAGCAUAAAACUGCUUGCUGCCUUCCCCCUCCCCUUCCCAAUCCCUCUGCACAGAGUAGGUGGGCCACAGCCAGGUGAUGGCCCCUCCUCCUCUUCCUACCAUGCAGUUUAUAACAUUCAGAAUGCAAGUUUCUGGCAUUUUGAUGAAAAUGUAUGCAACUUUCCAAGAAAUUGCUCUGUUCCUUCCAAAAUUUGUCGAUUAAUAUUUAAAGUAUCACUGAGCUAGAGAACAUGUUAUACACAGUGAGAUUUUUGAAACUUUAAAUAAGCAGGCAAAGAGAUCCUAACUCUAUUGAAGCAAUUCCAGGGCAAUUAAACUAAUUUUCACACCUAGAUAGAGUUCAGUAGUAGUUGGGCCAGUUACUAGGAUGUUAAGCCUCUAACGUUGUGAAAAAUGAUGUUCAUUUGUUUUCAUGGGAUGACUGAAAGAGUCAUUUGCAAAAAAAAAUGUUGUAAUGAUUAAAGAUAACCUAAGGACGUGAUGAGUGUUUGAUCAAACCUGUCCCAGUUAAAAGAUUUCAUAUUUGCAAUCCUUAUUCCUGUCCCAUUUUGGGAUCUGAAUAUUUCUAGCCAGGCAAAUAAGUAUCGCAGUACAAGGAUUUAUUAGUAAAGUUGUGUUAGUAGAUGAAGCAGAUUUUAAUUGCUAUUGUGUAUCACUUUCCUUUUAUGAUCAGCAGUUGUACCACAUGGCAUAUUUGCCUUAAGUGCACCAGUUAUGUUUUAGCUAUCUGGUCUCAGGCAAGACUAAAGGGAAGCAGAAAUUGUAGUGAGUAUUAUGAAAAAUAAAGGACACUAGAGGACAUCAGGUGUUAAAUGUUUGUGGUUGUCCAAAGCACAGAGGAGUGCUAGUUAGCUCGUCUUGGAUGGCAUUGAUCACCUGAAGCAGGUUUUUCUUGGGGUGGGAAAAGAUAAAGGUUGACUCAAAGGUAGCUCCUUCAACUUGAUUUUCCAGGAUCAGGCAACCUGUUUAUAUUAAAUGAAGUGGUUUUUGCCAUGGAUGUGUUAUCAGGUAGAAUGCAAAAGUUUCUGAAGUGUAGAACAAAUCCCAUUUAUAAUCGUUAAUUUGUGCAUUUUGCCGUAACUUUUAGUAGUAGGGUUUUAACACUAGGUGGGUAUGAUGGCAUAUUUCCCAACUACUUGGUAACUCAGGCUGUUCUACAGGUAUUGUGUUGGGCGAACAAUAUUACAUUGCCUGCAACCUGCCAGCAGUGCAUAAACUCAGCCAUUAGGCUAAUCACAACAGAGAUCAUUGUAAUAAAUCAGGAAACCAGAACUCUUCCUACAUUAGCAAAAGCACUGUGAGAACACACACAUGGAUAACACAACUAUGUACUCUUGCAGCCAGAUGGUUCGCGCGUAUUUUGAAGACUGAUCUUUGCUUUGAAUGUGCCUGUUUUUGACCCUAUGGCACAAACCCAGCCUAGGAAGGCUUUCAGGUUUUGUUUCUUCUGUAAGACAGCACACAUCUUUACUGCAAAGAACUGAAACACCCAGAGGCUCAGUACAACCCCUUGCCAUUAGGCUCUUUCAAGUUAAAUUAUAAAAUAUCUCUUAGCCACUGAACUCUCAGUCCAGUAAUAUCUAUGCAAUUCUUGUCUCCCCUAGAGACAAGUCAAAUGUAUGCAUUUAACCUGUUCUAUGUAUACAACAUGUCCACAGAAAUCGGCCUUGAAAAUUCCACUGCUUUUAGCUGGACUUCAGCACAUUUGACUUCCUCUAGAUUGCACUCUUCAGGCACGAUCUAGUUAAAGUUAAGCACUUUGAAUUACCAUUUGAUUACACUGAGAAAGAGUUAAACAUGCUUAUUUUUCCCACUGAAAUCAAUGGGACAAAGGUUAUUGUUUUUUAAGUUCAGCUGGGUCAUACUUUGUAUAUGGCAAGAUCACACAUACCAGUAUAUACUCGAAGCACACCAUGUGUAAGAAAUUCACUUGCCUAUAUAUCGCUAUAUAAAUAAAAAAAGUGCUAUAUAUUUAUGUAUUUUUAUGUUUUCAAUAGAUACAUAUGGAAUUUAGAAAUAGAACUGGUUGCUCCAGUUGCAAUGGCAAACACCUCUGUAUUUCUGAGAGGCAUUAAGAUAUUGAAGAAGACUUGUAGUGUAACUUUUAAGCCCAAUCUUGAUAUCUGCCUUUGUAAGGAAAGUUAGCUAGUGAGAAAAGAUUUUACUGUGGCAAGGAAAGAGAAUGCUACUGGCAUGGAAGACAAAGUGCUCUAAAUAAAGCAGUGUUGGGGGUCAUCUUGUCAGAGAUGAGGGUGAACUGUUACCUGUUGGCAUCACUUGUCAAUGUCUAUGUCCUCACUUUGUCUAAUUCAUAUCCAUUUCCCCAUUGCUAGCAUUAAGUUAAUAAAUGGUGAUCCCAUAUUGAAAAAUAGUUUCUCUUUUAGGCCACCCCUCCCCAUUGAUCGUUUUUGGUGGCCAGCAAAACAAACUAGAUGGACAAAUUGGAAUCAGUUGUUUUGUCCUAGCGUCAGCUUGAGUGAACAAGUCCCGUUGACUGCAGCAGCACUUCUGCCUAAGCGAGCAGAAAACCCCCUCAACCAAACAGAAUCCAGGAAGAGGGGAGAAAAGUGCAAUGGGAAACUAUGCAACAAUCUCACUGUAAGUUUUCUUGACUAUGGUGGGAUCUUCCAGAGAGACUGCUACUCUACUGAUCCUCCAAUGAAGCAUCGUGCACCACACAUAGGGAUCUCCAUAGAUAAAGCAUUUCCCCAAUGCACUUUUUUUCCUAUUCCUGACUACUGCCCAAGCAUCAAAAUGUUGAACUACAUCCUGUGUUAUUUUUGAGGGGUUUGGGUAUGCAGGAGGACAGGACAGAGCAAUGUUGAAUUAAGGGCAUAUAGAGAAGAAGAGCUCUGAGUAUAGUAUGUACAUUUAUUCAGUGGAGGGAACCAUGCUUUAGCAGUUCUUACACAUGGAGUUGUGCUGCUUUUCCUCGGUUACUUCUGCCCUUUCUGGUCACGUUUCAAAGAGAAGCUACCUUAGAGUUGUUAACAGAAUAAACUGGCUGACUGGGAUGGACAAUGGAAUUAACAUGCUGGGACAGACAACACUGUAGCCUGAAAGCUUGAGUUGAUUGGCUUGAGGCAUUAAGACUGAACCACUCCUACUAAAUAAUUUUAAUGUGAUGAUAUCCAUUUUUAUAUUUGAACGGCAGCUUUCAUGUAUUAAUUGUGGAUUUGAUUUAAGCCACAGGUUUCACUGAUCACUGUUUGCAAAAAUAUGUCCUGAGAAGUCUUUGACUAAACAACUAAUUUUGUAUCUUUUCCAUCAGCCACAAAUUCUGAUGUGGACAAAGCCAUUUGUAUUAUGCAGUUGAAAAAUAUCUUCUCUAUUGUUUUAAAUGUGUUAAGGCCGGUAUCUAAGCAUUAAUAUAGUGCUUUCAUUUAAUGCUAGCAAUUUUCACAGUUGCUUCAUUCCAUGAAGGGGAAAGGAAGUAAGAUUUGAAUUUUCAAUGCCAGACAUCCAGACACUACGUGCAAUGCCAUAUGCAAGUUAUGUUUUAAAAAGCGGGGAGGGAUUAGGAAGGAAAAAUGCUGUACUAGUUUUUCCUCAGUCAAGUGACUACUUGCACUGGUACUGUGCAACUUACAUUGAGCAAGCUUGUGCCACUCACCUCUGAUAAUGUAGAUGGUUACUCUGUGAUACGUCAGGGCUUUGCCACCACACAACUCUGAAAACCCACCUCAGUUACAUACUGGGCCUACCUGAACCCCACAAGCUGCUGGACUUUAGGGGGAUUAGCCCAGACAAGAACAGCUACCUAGAAUACAAACUCCUCAGGACUGAACUUCAUGAACCUUUCCUCUCAUGGCUACUGGACUACUUUCUAGCCCUCAUGCUGCCAACAAAGCACCCUUGCUCUGUACAGAAAUCCCUGAAGCAUUGCACCUCAUGUACAGAAAUCCCCAGCUGACGCAGGGGAGGAACAUCACAUUAUGCUGUAAUUAUCUGAAUACAAAAGGAGGGCUGUUAAAUUUCUCCUAUCCAAGCAACCCCACAAACUCACUUAACAAGAAUCAAAGAGGAGAAAUAUCUCCUCAUAUUUGCCUUUUCCUCUUCCCUUCACUGGUCCUCAAGCUAUUAGUUCAACUGUGCACACACACAAGAGGGAAAUCUAGAAGUUUAUUAUUGCAUAUGUAUUAAUAUGUUAAUAUCACAAUAUUUCUGACAAUGUUAAAAUGUUAUUGCAGACUAUGCUUUAUAGUACCUGUGUGAAAAGGCCUAGGACACUGGAUACGAAUAGAGCUAUGUUGAUAUAUCAUAGUAUGUACACGAGAACUUUCCUUUUGUCAUACAUUAUACUUGUAAUGUAAGAUGAUUAUUAAUAAAAACACUUUGAUUUAUCAA